UCUUUCCAACUCCCCAAUCAGCUGGGACUUGUUUUGUUUUGUUUUUUUUUAAAAAAAAAAACUCAGAAUAUUCAACGAUAAUUGCACAGCCUAGUCAAAAGCCUUUUCUCCUCCUCUUCCCCAACUCAUUUCCUCUAACUCCGCCCCUUCUGUUAACUCAUCCAAGGGUUAUUAUAAUAAACUUUCCCCUUCUUUGCUCUUCAUAACAGUCGCGCAGUGUCCUGAAUUCCAGGAACGUUUAUUAUAUUCCCAUCCUGCAUCUGAGCUGGGCUGCAGCUCCUCUUCGGAAGCAGAGCCGAAACGGAGAAAAUUAAGCCAAAAACUUCUAAUGAGGACUUUUAAGUCAGGAAAAUCCCUUUGAUUUGUUGCACAGGAUGGGCGACUGGGGCUUCCUGGAGAAGUUACUGGACCAGGUGCAGGAGCAUUCAACAGCCUUCGGCAAGAUCUGGUUGACAGUCCUUUUCAUCUUUCGGAUCUUGAUCCUGGGUCUAGCCGGGGAGUCUGUCUGGGGGGAUGAACAGUCCGACUUUGUGUGUAAUACCAAGCAACCUGGCUGUACCAACGUCUGCUAUGACAAUGCCUUCCCUAUUUCCCAUAUCCGUUACUGGGUGCUGCAAUUCCUCUUUGUCAGCACCCCAACCUUGGUCUACCUGGGGCAUGUCGUCUACCUCUCCCGACAAGAGGAGAAGCUAAAGGAGCGGGAGAGUGAACUCCGGGCGCUGCAAGCCAAAGAUUACAAAGUGACAGCUAUGCUGAUGGCCGUGGAGAAGAAGAUGGCCAAGAUCUGCGUGGCUGAAGAUGGCCGAAUUAAAAUCCGUGGGCCUCUGAUGUGGACCUAUGUCAUCAGUGUGAUCUUCAAGACCAUUUUUGAGGCAGGCUUUCUCCUUGGCCAGUGGUACCUAUAUGGCUUUGUCAUGCAUGCGAACUAUGUGUGCCAAGGCUCUCCAUGCCCACACCACGUGGACUGUUUUAUGUCCCGUCCCACUGAGAAAACCAUCUUCAUCCUUUUCAUGCUGGUAAUGGGCUUGAUCUCCCUUGUCCUCAACAUUCUGGAGCUUCUCCAUCUCUUUUGCAAGCACCUGGUCAACAAGGUUAAGGAAAGUGACUGUUGUCCCCCAUCUUCUGCUCCGCCUCUACCUUUUGAUGCCAACAGCAUUGGUAAAAUGCCAACAGGGCCUUAUCCACCAGAUAAAUCCUAUUUCUACCUCCCCAUGUCAGACAGACAUGCACCACCCUACCAGGGAUACAACAAGCUCUCCAGUGAGCAGAAUUGGGCCAACUACAACACAGAAGAAACCUUGGCCUUGCAAAACCAGAUUAAUCCUCCUGAUCUCUUUGCAACGGGAGCCCCUACAAUCCACCUCUGUCCAGAAAAGCAGUCCAGCCGCCCAAGUAGCAGUGCUUCUAAAAAACAGUACGUCUAGCAAGCAGCCAUUUGAAGUGUAAAUUCCAUGGGGGCUUCCUUGAUAGCAACCGGGUUUCUCUCGAGGGCCUCUUCAUCUGGAAGGCUCCAUUGUGAUUCCUGACCAUGGAAGAAAGAGGCUGGGCCUCAGGAUUCUUCCCAGGUGCUUCCCAAGUUUUUUGCCACAGUAUAUUCUACUCUCUAGGCGAAAACCGGGACGUGCAGGUGGACACAGACUGAACUUGUGGAUCCACCAAAGGUGGAAAAAGAGACACGGAACAAUCUCAGACAAGCCACUGAAGUGGCAGGUUAAUGGGCAUUUUAAGAUAGAGUGCUAAAUGUGGAUUACUGAGGGGGGGGGAACAUAAGUGGUUUGGUUUGUCUUUUUGAGGGGGUCUUGUGACUUGCAGAUCAGACAACAACCACUGGACCACAAAGGGAGGUGGAUAGGUAAAAGAGCAAUCAGUUUGGAUUGUCCAAAACUGGGUCUUAAAUUUUGGAAGUAAAGGCAACCUGAAAAGGAGAGUGCAGAGUAAACUCAAGGAGGAACUUCUGGUAUGUCACCUUUUUAGGAAUGGACAUGUGACUAGAUUGAGGAAAAUCAUUCAUCAAGCAGAUUUGUUUUCCUGUUGCAGUUGUCAAACUUCUGAGCAGCUUACUUAUCCAAAACUGCAGCUCGUCUACCGUUUGCAUGUUGUUUCAAGUAGGCAUUAGGGAGAAUAACUGCUGUUGCUGAUGUUACCUUAUUAAAUAUGACUCCUAUUUAAGCAUAGAACUGAUAUGGCUUAAGUCCUCUGGGUUACUUCUUAAAUGCCUUCCAUCUAACAGAGUAGAAAAGCACCGUUUUCAAUCUCACUAUAUUUGAAACUCCAAUUUCUGUCUCCACUGACCCUGGGUGAACCUUGGUUUGCAAAGGGAUCUCUCUGCUUUUUUUUUUUUUUUCUUCAACUGGUAACAUGAAGGAAUUGGAUCAAAAUUGUUCACUGUGUAAGUUAUCUCCCCUUUCUCAGUCUCCUUGGUUAUGUAAUUCCAUCUCUCAUUCCAUCUGGAUACUUUUCUGGAGAUUGGCCUUCCACAAGCUAAAUGGUCUUCAACCCUGUUGGGGCUACAGGUCCCCAAAUUUCCAGCCAAACUGGUUUGGGAUGUUGGGCAUUGAGAUCCCAGAACAUCUAGAAGAUACCGAAUUAUGAAAAGCUGCAGCAGGCACACAUUACUCUUGAUUUUAAGUGGAUCAGAACUUCAUCCUGAUGGUUCUAUGAAGCCACAGUCCUUCAUAGACAAAAGACUGUUGUGUUACUUGAACUUUACUCGGUAUAAAUUGUCCAUCUCUAAAUACUGAAAGUUAUCUGGCCUUAUCUAGUAUAGCUGCUCACUCUUCCUUCUCAUUGCAAUAGUUAUUUGUGCAGGAUUCUGCCAAACAGACAUUACUACUGGGUGUUUGAGGUCAAUAUUGUGUAUCCUUAUGAACUGUUGCAGUGGUCAAUCUCCCUCCUGGCUUCAUAUUUGUACCUUCUUUUUUAUUAUGUGUUCUAAUUCUUUCACAUCAUAUGACUGUAAGCACAAGCUGGGUCCUUCGGUGUUAAAACCACAAUCUCUCCUGCAAUGGGAAAGUAAUGAGGAUUUUUUUCCAUGCUCAUGUGUCAGCCUUUUGGGGGAAAAUUCCUGCCUCUCUCUGGAUUAAAUCAAAGGAGCGGGCUUGUUUGGGAGUUUGCGUUUGUACCUGCAAAAAUAUAUGUUCUGGAAACCGGCUUUUGUGGCUGCAGGAGAAAGGCUUGUGAUGGUUAUAAAAAUAGGAUCGCUCUCCAGCUUCAAUCAAGAGCAAACAGUGAUAGGAAGAGAUGGGGGGGGGGGCAAGAACCUUUUUUUUUCAUCUUUACUGAAUGUUUUCUGAUAACUAAACUGUGAAAAGGAGAUGGUUGGAUAUAGAAAACCUACCUGUGCGUCUUUGAUGCAGAUCGACAUGGCCAUUAAGAAGCUGGCUUCACAUCACCAGUUCAUAACCAAUGUUCACUCUUGCAGGGUGCGUUGUAGGGCUAUAAGUAUGCACUCUGGGUUUGUGUCAUUUUUUUUUUUCCUAAAUAAAAAGAACUUUUUUUCUAAAUAAAAAGAAAA